UAUGACGUGAAUCAGCUGUUCAAACAUCAUUCUUGUUCUUGUGGAGUGGAAGUGUCAGUUAAUAUGUUUACAACCAUGGACUAGUUACAAGUCGAUCAUGUAAAUUUCGCUCGGCAUUAAACUCAUCUUCAGAGCCCCAUCUUUGCCAGGAAGUUAUUUCAAGCGUCUAAAAUAGAAUCACAAUGCAAGAACCCUCCAGCACUCCCAAGCAGCAGCGUCACAGCAUCGCUGGUUCUCCUCCAAAUGUCGAAUCCGGUCGCCGCCGACCGUCUUUCCUUCACCUCCACAUCCCGGAAACAAACUGGAGAGGUUCUCUCACGCACUUGCAUCUUCCGACAUUCACUCUGACAACCCCCGAAGGUGAUCAGAGUCGAAAGUUCAACUUCGGAUUAGGCAUCAGGCGGCAUUCACACCACACGCUACACCGUAGCGAGUCCAUGGUGUCUCUGUGCUUCCGCACUCUAUCAGGCUUCAUCAACGACGACAACCUCCCCGGACUCAAGCAACUCCUCGAGAGCAAGCAAGUGCAGGUGGACGACCGCGACGAAAAUGGCUCGACCGCGCUCAUCCUGGCCGCCACCAAGGGUCGCUCCGCUUUCGUGCGCGAGCUCUUGGCCCACGGCGCCGACGCCAACGCCGAAGACAGCGACUCCUGGACCGCGCUGCUAUGCGCGGCGAAGGAAGGGCACGCGGACAUCGUGCUCCAGCUCCUGGAGCACAACGCCGACAUCGAGCACCGGGACAUGGGGAACUGGACGGCGCUGAUGUGGGCUACAUACAAAGGUCGCGUCGACGUAGUGCAACUCCUCCUCGAUAAAGGCGCUGAAGUUAACGCCCACGGGAACUACCACAUUUCGUCGCUGAUUUGGUCGGCGGGUCGUGGGUUUACUCAAAUCACGGAAGCGUUGAUCGCCCAUGGUGCUAAGGUUAACGUGGGGGAUAAGUAUGGAACUACGGCGUUGGUGUGGGCGUCGAGGAAGGGGCACGCGGAAAUAGCGGCCAUGUUGUUGAAAGCCGGCGCCAACGUGGACACCGCCGGGAUGUACUCCUGGACGGCUUUGUUAAUGGCGACACAGGGUAAUCACGUCGAGGUGGUCAAUCUGCUCCUGGAUUAUAAACCUAAUGUGAAUGCGUUAGACAAGGAUGGGUGCAGUGCGCUCACUAUAGCGUGUAAAGAAGGCAAUAAUGAAAUCGUCACGGCGCUUAUGGCCGCUGGUGCUUAUAUUAACGUCCAAGAUCGAUUCGGCGAUACCAACCUAAUUCAUGCUGUCAAAGGCGGCCACCGCUCGUGCGUCGAGUCGCUCCUUAAAAAGUACGCCGAUGUAGAUAUAGCAGGCAAAGAUCAAAAAACCGCGAUUUAUAUGGCAGUGGAGAAGGGUAACGCCUCCAUCGUGAAACUUCUCCUAGGGGCAAACCCCGACCUAGAAAUGGCCACCAAAGAUGGCGAUACCCCUCUUCUCAAAGCCGUGCGGUCCCGAAACGCCGAAAUCGUCCAACUCUUGCUUGAUAAAAAAGCCAAAGUUUCGGCGGCCGAUAAAAAGGGCGACACGGCACUACACAUUGCCAUGAGGGCUCGUUCCAAAGGCAUCGUCGAGAUUUUGCUGCGUAACCCGAAACACAGCCAGUUGCUCUACAGGCCAAAUCGUGCAGGGGAAACCCCCUACAAUAUCGAUAUCAACCACCAAAAGACGAUUUUGGGCCAAAUUUUUGGCGCCAGGCGCCUCAACACCAACGAAGAUAACGAGAACAUGCUAGGCUACGACUUAUACAGUAGUGCUCUUGCCGACAUCCUCAGCGAACCCUCUCUGUCCAUGCCUAUUACCGUAGGGUUGUACGCGAAAUGGGGCAGCGGAAAAUCCUUCCUCCUUAACAAACUACGGGACGAAAUGAAGAAUUUCGCGCGCGAGUGGGUCGAUCCCGUCUUCCAGUUCACCAGUUUGAUGUUUCUGGUACUGCUGCAUGUGGCGCUCAUCGUCGGUACCAUCGUGGGUCUGUCGGUGCAAAACUGGAUCGUCGGCUUAUCAGUCGCCGUAGCCUUCUUAUCCAUUUCCUAUAUUUUUCUCGCGUUGGUUUGGUUCGCCAAUAAAAGGUACGACUGGGACUGGCCGUACAACUUCAACGUUAAGCUGACGCGCAAGUUGAAUAAUAUUAAGUUGGUUUUGCAAGUUUUGUUUUGUCAUCCGCCUGGAGCGCCGAUUUAUGAUGGGGUUUCGGCGCACCCGAUUAGGUUUUAUUUUACGGAUCAGACUAGGGUUAGUAGUACCGCUGGCGGUGAAAAUUCGGUUGUGCAGAUGAUAGGGUCGCUGUAUGACGCUAUCGAGAGUGAUUAUGGAGCUUUAGCGACUAGGCUGUUUCGAGCUUUUAAACCUAAACCAGUGAAGUCUUCGUCGACGUGGAAACUAAGGAAGCUGUGUUGUCUCCCUUACGUGGUGAUUUUUGAAAUUAUUUUUCUUUGUGUGUUAGUUGGAACUUGUGCCUUGACUGUUUACUUAGUCCAUGUCAAUUCUCCUGACGAUAAUCUCGACGUGAUACGUGUCACCCUUCAAAUUAUUCUCGGCACGGACGCCCUUCUCCUGAGUGUGGCCACUGUGGCUAAUGUCUAUACUUGGAGCAGACUGAUCAAGUCGGUCCUUUUUUCGCAACGACGCCACCUGCAACGAACUAUCGCCAAACUCGAGAUCCUCAAGUCGGAGGGAUUUUUACAAGCUCUUAGACAAGAGGUCAAUUUAAUGAAAGACAUGGUAAAGUGUUUAGAUAGCUUGAGUUCCCAGCAAACUCGCCUAGUCAUAAUCGUCGACGGCUUGGAUAGUUGCGAGCAAGACAAAGUACUCCUCAUUCUAGACACAGUCCACAUGUUAUUCUCAGACGCCAAUAGCCCCUUCAUUGUGAUAUUAGCAAUAGACCCCCACGUUAUAGCAAAGGCCGUGGAAAUGAACACUAGACGCUUAUUCAGCGAAAGCAACAUAGGAGGCCACAAUUACUUAAGCAAUAUGGUGCACUUACCGUUCUAUUUGCAAAAUUCGGGCCUGCGCAAAGUUAAGCUGGCUCAACAAACGGCGCAGGCGCACAGAAAAUCCGCUUUAGCAUGGACCGAGAACGAAGAGACUUUGGGUAACUUUUUGGCGCGAUCGUCGUCGAGUCGCCGAUUGUCCAACGAGAGCGCUUUAAUGUCAAGCCAGGAGAAACUCAAACCUCCAGGGAGGAAGAACUCUAGAAAGUUGAAGAUGUCUGAGUCGGUUGCCAGCUCAAUCGGCUCUAAUUUGAAUAAAAUCGGAGGUGCUCAAGACUUGACGAAGAUGCUACUCACUGAUGACUAUUUCAGCGACGUUAACCCGCGGUCGAUGCGCCGGUUGAUGAACGUGGUGUACAUCACCGGGAGGUUGUUGAAGGCGUUCCAGAUUGAUUUUAAUUGGUAUAGGUUAGCGUCGUGGAUUAAUAUUACCGAGCAGUGGCCAUUCCGUACCUCUUGGAUUAUCUAUCAUUACGAAUUGUACGAAGACUCGCUUGAAGACAAUACUUCGCUUAAGUUAAUAUUCGAUAAGAUUCGCCCCCACAUUCCUACGGUUAAAGAUACUGAACCUCUGUUGGAGCUCGACAGGGAUGAGAAAAAGUUUGAUAUUUUCUUGACUUUUCAUAGGUCGAGUUUGUUGGUUAGUGAUUUGAAGAUAUUUUUGCCGUUUACUAUUAAUUUGGAUCCGUAUUUGAAGAAAGUGAUUAAAGAAGAAACUCAGUCCUUGGAUGACGACGGGUUGCUAAUGACCACACCACGGAACAUCUCCGUGGUUCCUACCAUGCCGUGGACCAACACCACCAACCCAGAAUGGGCGUCACCCCGUCCUGGUCUGAGCCGGCGCAACCGAAACGCAGCAUCCAAAACCAUGUACCAACCACCCACACUCGUGGGUUGGCCAAACUGGAACGAAGCCCCCGUGCAAGUUACCAACCCACAAAUGGUACCGUUGGCACCCGUAACAUCGCUUGCCCCCGAAGUAUUCGAAAAACGCUUAUCCUCGCUAAGUGUAGACGGCGUCUGCAAAUUAUUAUACAAAAUCGAAGAAAUCAACUCCGCUGCAUUACCCGAAUAUAGUAAAGUGAUCAAGGAACACAACAUCACUGGGAAAGUUCUCCUUCACUGUGAUUUAGAUGAGUUGAAAAAACUACUCAAGAUGUCAUUCGGCGACUGGGAAAUGUUCAAAGUGAUGUUGAUUUCCUUGCGGGAGCACGAAGUCAGCGCUGUGUUCCGCCAGGAGGAAACCCCAAUCCGCGCACCGAAGCCUGAACGCAAAACUAGCACCUCUAAAAGCGCUCCACCUGAGAAAGAAACCAAGGAGUUGAAUCAGCGGAAGCAGAGCGUCAUGGAAAAACAGGUGACCCUGGAAGAGCAGAUGAUUUGUGGCGCUCUGCAGACGCUGAACGAGGAGGCUUGUGAAGACGUGUUGGAAGAAACCGAAGAGAAGGAGACGAAGAUCACCAUCGAGCCCGACGUUCCGCAAACUUCGGUCAUUCCUCCGAGUCCAGACUCGAAUCAAGAUUACCCGAGAGGCUACCGUUCUCGCACGAACAGCUCGAGCGGCGUAGGUGAGACCGAGUUUGUUUUAUUGCAAUCCUCACCAAUAGGUCAUAUGCAUUGGCAACCUAUCAGUAUAUCAGUCGGAGGCACUUCCGAGAGCUUAAGCGAGCAUAGUUCGAGAUGUAGUUCCCAACUACCGUCACCGGUUGCAGAACGCCGCCUGUCAAACGGAAUCAAACUAUCCAACUUGAAACCCACCAAUCAAAUCGACGACCUGUCAAAAAAAGGCCGCCAUGUUGUGAUCAAAACGGAGUGCGGCGAUUCGUCGCACAUCAGCGUGAUGUACAACGCGAGCGAGACCAAAACACCACUGCUACAAGAGUUUAAUUCGCAGCGACCCACGACUUUACAUUUACUCAAAAACGAGAAAGCGAGUAAGCCGCUCAUGCGCAAUCGAUCCAAGUCGAUCGAUAGUCAGAAGAAAAAGAAUGACAAGAAUUUCGAGAAACUACAAAGACUGAAAGAGAAGCUUUUGCAUUCAAGUCCUGAGUUGAACGAGAAUGCUAGUGAUAAUGAAAGUACUCCGUUGGUGUCUGAAGUAUCGACGCCGUCGAAGUCUGGUCAAAGUUCCGAGUUGAAGUCUUCGAAUUCCAAUAGUUUUCCUUUAUCGCCGACGUCGCAGAAGAGUCUCUCCCCGGAGUUCAAGCAUAGACAGACUCGAAGCGAGCAGAACCUCACCGACACGACGGACGUAAGUCCGGUUUUGUCGUUCCCGGAAAGUAUUUACUUAAGCAAUAUAGCACCCAGUAGUGGGGGUAAUAGCUUAUCGCCGAAAGCACCCACUCUGACGAGAACCGUCUCCGAAUGCACUUCCAUCUCGGGAAUGAUAAGCUCGUGCAGCAACGUUAGUCUCCCCAGUAGCAAAAACUCACACAGCUCGGGACAACUAUCCAGACAGAACGCGCUCGACUUUGAAGAAAUUCUUGCCGAUUGUUAUUGUGAUCCUAGCAGAGGAGGGUAAGAAAGUCCCACUGAGUACUUAUAUUUUUUUAAUUGUGAACAGUAUUCCUUUCUAAUAGAGCAAUAGAUCUAUUUAUAUUUUAUGACUGUUAGAUUUCCUCAUUAAAGAUCUGUUGAUCGCA